UCGCUGUUCCGCGCGCACGAGCGCAGCGGGAGGUAACAGCUGCUCGCGCGCCUCGCCGGCGUUUCUCCAUCUUCCGCGCGCGCCAGCAGGCUGCGUCAGUUCGCUCGCACGCACCCCGCGGAAGACGCACACGCUCGAGCGUCGAGACUCGCUUCACCGCGCGACGCGCCUCCGAGAACGCGAGCCUCGAACUUUCAAAGCGAACGGUUUCAUCCGGGGUCCGGUCUCCGGAGAGGAGGAGGAGGAGGAGGAGGAGGAUGAUGAAGACGAAGAUGUCCGAGGAAGAGGUCCUGAUCCCGGAUGACCGCGCUUUCGGUCGCUUCAAACACGAGUGUGAGUCCGAGGAAGACUGGACCCUCACCUACAACAAGAACCACAUCCUCGUGUGGGUCCAGGUCCUGGAGGAGGAGAAGAGCUUGCACAGGAUCAAGUGCCGAAUGCAGUGUAAGGACAUCCCGGCCGAGACCAUGUACGACGUGCUCCACGACAUCGAGUAUCGGCGGAAGUGGGACGCAAACGUCAUCGAGACCUUUGACAUCGGCAAACUGACGGUCAACGCAGACGUGGGCUAUUACUCCUGGAAGUGUCCCAAACCGCUGAAGAACCGUGAUGUCAUCACCCUGCGCUCCUGGCUGCCGAUGGGCAACGAUUACAUCAUCAUGAACUACUCCGUCAAACACGCUAAAUAUCCUCCUAAGAAGGACUCUUGUGCAGCACACUUCCAUCCAGACACAUACACUGAUCCACUUACACUCUCCUCACCAGCUGCACACACAACAUACCUGGCACAGGUGGACCCGAGAGGUUCUCUUCCCAAGUGGGUGGUUAACAAGUCUUCCCAGUUCUUGGCUCCUAAAGCGAUGAAGCGCAUCAGUAAGGCGUGUCUCCGGUAUCCUGAGUGGAAGCAGAAGCACAGUCCUGGCUUCAAGCCGUGGUUGUUCCCGGAGCAGAACCCUCUCUCCAGCAUCCCUCUCUCAGAACUCUCCAUCCAGCACGCCGAGUCUCUGGAGAACAUCGACGAGAGCUCGCUCAGCGAGAGCAAAGAGGAGCGCGCCGAGCACAGCGACGACGAGGGAGCGCACUGACGCACGCGGCUCAAAGUGCUCACUCCAGACCGUGAUUCAUUUGGUUACUCGGAUGUAAAUGAUUUUGAAAUAUGAUUUAGAUUUCUGACCCCUGACCUUCUGUACGCAUGCAGUUUGUCUCCAGACACACAGAGGGCGCUGACGUCGAUCUGCUGUAUGACACUAGAGUUCAGUCAAUCAAUGAAAGAAUGAAUGUAGUAACGAAAAAGAAAUUAAAAACCAAUUACUGCCUGUGUUUUUGGA